GGAAGCCUACAGUGCGCCAUAGUUAUUUAGACGGCAAGGGGCUCAAGCUCAUUUGCAGUCCAACAAGUGAGGGCAAUGUAGACAGAGCACCAAGUCCAAACAAACGCAAUCAACAGCAUGACUUUGAAGCAGCCACGCGGGACCUUAGGAAAGGUCUCCGUUGUCUUUGCAGUCAAGCUCGAGUCAUUUACCCUCCUGCCUGUUCUGAAAAAGUUGCCUACGGAGAACAGGGUUAAAUCAGUGUUGGAGAACGAAUCAAGUAAAAUUAGUGAGCAGCAGAAAUCUACUACCAAGUCAGCUGUUGCCCCAUUGCCUCCCCCAGCAGUGGCUGAUGCUGAAAUAGGAUGUACAAGUCCAAAGCCUAGCCAUGGCGCCCUGGUCACAGCUGAUAAACACCCAGUGACUCCUCAGCAGGGGUGUCACCACCCUGGAGCUGAGACCACCUCAGGGCUGUUUUUAAAUAGUGAAUCUCAGAGAGAGGAGGAGGUCCUGAGCCCAAUGAGCUCUGUGGACCUUUUUACGUCUCCUUUCUCUUCCAAAGAGUCCAUCCUCUCUGAGGGCUGGGAGCAGGAUCCAGGCUGGCUUGCUCUCCAAAGGUUAUCUCCUAGUGCUUCUGUCUCCCCCUGUUCGUCUGUGAGGUCAGGGGCUUUCACCCCAUCAGUGAAGAGAAUCAAGUGCCAGACACUUGCCCCUGGCUCCAGCCUAAUGCAGAUGACACUUAACUCCUGUCAAACACUUGGCUGCAACAAACAUAUCACCUCGCCAUGCCCCUUGUCCACCCGUGCCCGUCACAGGCCCCCACCCACACAACUGUCACUAUUAACAGCCAUCUUGAGAAAGGGCCGUUUGCCAGUCCUUUCUCCUGAAUUGCAGAGACCCUACUCUCCUUGUUGGCCCAUUAGCCCAAUCAGCAUGACCUCCUGCCGGGCCUGUUCAGCAGCUUCAGCUGUAGCUCCCAUGGUGGGCUCACGAGCAAAGUCUUGUCUGACUAAAGGCACAACUUGUACAGAGCCCAGUUGCAAAUCAAGACCAAAUCCCCCAGGUUUAAUUGCUAAGACAGAGCCUGUGUCACUCAAGAACCAGAGCAAGGAAAGCCUCUUAUCAAACGCAGUGGAAACAACAGAUGCAACACCAGAAGGAAGAAGCUCUUUGACCUGGUCAAGCUAUUCUUCUUCGGUGUCUCCUCCAGCACACCUAUGCAAACAAACCCAAAAAGGCAUUCAUGUAUCCACAGACCCCAGCUCUUUACUUGGUUCAUCUUCCUCCAGACAAGUGCAUUUUUCUCCUGAGUUCAAUUUAGACUCACUUAUCCAACCAAAUAGAGACAAAUCAAAUGGCACCUCUCCUAUUUUAAGAACCACAAAACCAAAUCAGAUAUCAUCCUCAGAUAUAAAAUGCAUGCAAAUGGCACAUGAACGAUCUCCUACGCCUGAUCCCAAGCCCAUUCAGCAGUCUCAAGGCAACUGGGCUUUAACAGUCCCAAAGUACACAGAUGACAACCCAGGUUUUCAUUUGCGAAACAACAGGAAAAUUUUUCAUGAACUAGAAAGAAUUCAUUCACUAUCGCCAGUUUUUCAACAUUCCCUUUCCCCAAGGGUUGGUGGCCUCACCCAUCUCUCCAACACACCUUCUAUUUCACCAGUCCUUCCCUCAUCAAGGCCUGGCUCCUGUACUUCUACAUCAGACCGCUACACAUUGUCUUCAUCUCCAGCAAUUCCCUAUCAUCACCUUUCCCCUUCUCCCUCUUACUCUCUCUGUUCCUCACCUACUCCAUCCCAUAGGGAAAGCAGUCCCGAUUCCAUAGACAAGGACGGCAAAAAGCCAUACAAAAUCAAGUCCACCUACAAGGCGCUUGCUGCUAUUCCAACCAAUAAACUCCUUCUGGAACAGCAGGCAAUUGAUGAUGAGGUCCAAAAGAACAUCGAUCAUCUGGACCCCGGUGAUAGUUUUGCAUGGGAGGACCCUCAUUCUCAGAUGUGUAGCCCUGCCCAGCUCCGACAACAGUCCAGAGAGCUGUAUCAAGUGAUUGAUGAAGUAUUAAAAGACUCAACCCGAGCAGAAGCAUCAAGCCCUGCUAGCAAACUCACCACACACUCUGCGGCAUCUGAGACAACACGGACACUUUCACCAUCACCAAGAUCUUUUGGACGAGAAACAAAAUACGCUAAUUUUCAUCACCAACCUUCUGCCCCUGCUGAGAAAACCCUGACAAAGCCUGGGGUUAUAAGACCAGCCGUGGUUAUGUCAAGAUUAGUUGAAGACAAAGAGAAAAGUUGUUUUUUAAAUUAUUAUCAGAGACCUCAAGAUUUCUCCACAGACCACCAGGACAAGCAUGCCAGCAGUACGUUGUCUAUGAAGGAUGAGAUACGUGGAAGAGGAGAUUUGGAAGGAGGCAGGGAUUCCUCUGAGGAACCUGAGAAGUGUGCGUCAAGCUCAACGACUUUGAUGAAUCAGGCCAGGGAACACAGCACUCCGUCACCGAGAAGCACAUCUCUGUAUACUCCCAUUUAAGUGCUCACACACAACAAGUGAGUCAGAGCUAGAAAGAACAUUGCGAAAUCACACAGUGAAACCGAAACAGAUGACAAAAGACACACUUUUUUAUAUCAUUACCUUUCUGACUAUUCUGACUUACGCAUUCAUUUCACUGUUACUUGGAAAUGUGAUGUGAUGUGAUGUAAUCUUGCGGUUAAUGAAGCGUAUGAGAAAUGCAUGUCACUUUUUAAAAGCUGUAAUUCUGCAAUACUUUUAUUAAAGGAGUUCAGGAACAGA